AUGUCCGAAGAUAAACCAAGAGGUAUUUUAAGAAAUAAAUCAGUGAGUGAAAGUUCUGAAUCUAGAGCUGACAGAUUAGACCGUCAGGAAGUUAUUAGGAAUACUAGGCUUAAUGCACAAUUGGCAUCAGAAUCAUCGAAGGGAGACAAAAUAAGAGCUAAGAUCGCUGAAGCUAAAGCACAUCAAAAUGAUGACGACGGUAAUGAAUCGCAUGAAGAGAAACUGUCCGAUCACCUACAAUGGGACGAGGUGAAUUUGUAUAAGACGGAGCAAGAGAAAUGUGCUACGAUGAGAAUCGAUGAACCAAAGACGCCGUACGAAGGAGGGUUCAAUCCGGAAGGGGAAUACUACAAGGAUGACGAGGAAGAGAUUCCAGAUUUUGAAUUGGGAAGUGGAGAAUACGAUAACAUCGAGGAUAAGGGGUCGUCACUUAAUGGGGGUAAGGUGAUUAAGGACCCUCUGUACGAAGAGGAGGAACCAGAAAAUGAAGAGAACCCAGCAGAGACGGCAGAGGAGAAACAUAAGAGGUUCGAGGAAAUGAGAAAACAGCACUACCAUUUAAAGGGAAAUGCAUUGAAGCAGAAAAUUGAGAUUUCUGACGAUGAAGAUGACGAAUAA